AACGCAACAACGAAAAAUGGGAGUUCCUUUCUGGCCAGACACCUGCUCCUCCACCACCGCCACCGCCAUCGCUGACUCCAUCUCCGAUACCAAACCUAUUGUUUCCGACACCAGUAGCGCCUCCAAUACUCCUUGCAGUGCAGCCUCAUCUUCAACCACGAGCGACGCCUCCAGCACCAUUGUUAGCCUCCAGAGCGGCCUUUCCCUCCAAACUCUUCCCUCUGUCCCUUCCCUUCAAAAGUUUAUUCCCGAAACUCUAAACGCUUCCACCUCUUUUAUCUGUACAAGUUCUCUUCAGCCGCCGAAUAAGCUCCCAGUCACUUGCCUCGCCGUCCACGGCAACCUCCUAUACUCUGCUUCCUCUCAUGAAAUCAAUGUCUAUGAUCGAACCAGCUUCUCUCAUCUCCAUGCGUUUAAUGACGACGAGUCCUCUUCCGGUUCUGUGAAGUCCGUCUCCUUCAGUGACGGAAAAAUCUUCACUGCUCAUCAGGACUGUAAGAUAUGCGUUUGGAAACUGACGACAACCAAAGAGCAUAAGUUGGUAACCGUUCUUCCCACGGUUAACGAUCGUUUACGUCGUUUUAUUUUCCCGAAGAACUAUGUGAAACACCGGCGUCACAAGAAGCUGCUCUGGAUCGAACACGCCGAUGCAGUUACUGGUCUCGCAGUUAACAAUGGCUUGAUCUAUUCGGUUUCUUGGGACAGGUACUUGAAGAUAUGGCGGGCAUCUGACCUCCGGUGUUUGGAAUCCAUCAAAGCACACGAGGACGCAGUUAAUGCCGUCGCUGUUUCCGGUGACGGAACCGUUUACACCGGGUCAGGAGAUUAUAAAAUCCGUGUAUGGGCCAAACCAGUUAACGAGAAGCGGCAUGUGCUCAUAGCGACCCUAGAGAAGCAUAAGUCGGUAGUAAAUGCUUUAGCCCUGAGCGAUGACGGUUCGGUGUUGUUUUCAGGAGCACGUGAUCGUUCCAUUUUGGUAUGGGAGAGAGAAGAUAGCGCCAAUUACAUGGCAGUCACCGGAGCGUUGAGAGGGCAUAGCAAGGCCAUUCUAAGUUUAAUCAAUGUCUCCGAUUUGCUAUUGAGUGGGUCAGCUGAUCGGACGAUAAGGAUUUGGCGACGGUGUCAGGAUGAGAAGUACUGUUGUUUGGCGGUUUUGGAGGGGCACAGGUAUCCGGUGAAGUCAUUAGCCGCUACAUGGGAAGGAGAAACUAACGACAUCGUUUCAAUCUACAGCGGCAGUUUAGACGGAGAAAUUAAAGCGUGGCAAGUCUCGAUUUCAAGAUCUGCUGAAUUAAAUAAUAAUAAUAAAAAAAUAUAAAUUUGUGAAAUAA